UUCCUCGUGUGUGUUUUUGUGGUGAGUUAUUGUUAUGGUAGAAUAAAUUCCUUGUUCAAACCCCAAACUGUGGAUAAUUCCUGGCUGUGAUUUUAGGUGCAAUGUUUGGCUGACCCGGACUGCUCUGAGCCACCUAAGAAGAAAGAUUUCAUGGGGUGUUGUAAGAAGCCAGAAGCGUUGAGUGAAAUUAUCACAAAGUGUAGUGAAAAGUACCCCUUUGAGCAUCGCCGCCCGAAUAUUUGCUACGGUGAAUGUGUCUUUAACGAGACAGGACUCGCUGUUGACGGUGUGAUUCAAAGGGAUAAGAUUUCUUCAGUUAUAGGCGAGUUCUAUAAAGACAUGCCCGACUUAAUUCCAGUGGCAACGGAGGCGAUUGAAAAAUGUGGUGAAAUAAUUCGCGCUAAAAUGGAGAAAGGGAAGGAGCGAAAACCUCAGGGUGAUGAUCAGUGUCACCACGUGCCUUCAAUGUAUGCUGGCUGCUUCUUCGCCCAAACAACCAUUAAUUGCCCAGAUUCAGCUUGGCAGGAUACUGACGAUUGCAAUCGUGCUAGGGAGUUUAUGAAAUCCUGCCCAAUGCCUCAUAGGCCAAAGGAAUAAAUUUAAGGUCGUUAAGUUUUUCUCUCUUCCCUAAAAUGUUUAACAGAAUAUACUA